AUGGCCGAAGUCCCAGACGAUUAUGAUUCCGGCCCCGAUGAAAGUGAGGAGCCGGCGCCUAAGACACCUGAACUGCCUGGACUUGGUAACUUGUCUGAAAAUGCCGAACCAGACACCAUGGCAGAGGCAGGCCCGGAGCAACCCACAGAGGUUGACCAAGAGCCCCAGCCAGAGACUGAGGAGGAGGACUUCAAAGAGGGGGAGCCAAAGAGUGCUGAAAAUGUACAGCUUAGACCAACAAGGACGUCCGAGGAAGAAGUUCCCGAGGAGAACGAGACAGACCUGUCUAAUGAAACUGAACCUGGGAUUCCCCAAGAGGUAAAGUCGGAGACAUCCAGAGAGAUGGGAGGAGAGCUUUUCAAGGAUUUGGAGGUCCCUAUGGAUGCAAAGCGUGAGGAGCCAGACCUAGAGCCAUUGGAGGAGGCUGAAGCAGAUGCUACAGAGAAUGUACUCAUAAAGUCAGAUACAGAAAUACAUAUGGAGCUACCAACGGAAACCAGAUCCGAAGUCCCAGGAGCCACAGUCAGUGGAACAAAAUUAGAGUUACUAGAGGAGACUGAGCCGGAGAUUCCAGAGGAAUCACUUAGGGAAGAAUAUGAAGACACAGUUCUAGAGCCUCCAGAGCAGCCCCAACCAGAUUUUCCAAGUGAAAAACCAAGAAAAUCAGCUGAAGGGACAGAUCUGCAGCCAGAGAUGACCAAACCAGAGAUUCCAGAGGAGACACAAAGAGAGCCAGCUGAGGAGAAAAGGAUAGAAUCACCUGAGCAGGAUAAACCAGAGUUUCUGGAGCAGAAACCAAGAAAGUCUACUGAGGAGGCAAGUCUUGAGCUUCCUAAACCAGAAGUUCCAGAGCAGAUGCAAAGAAAAUCAACUGAGGCGAAAGGAACAGAGCCACGACAGCAUACUAAACCAGAGUUUCCACACCAGAAACCAAGAAAGUCAGCUGAAGGGGAAGUUCCAGCAGAGAUCAAAUCAGAGUUUCCUGAGGAAGAGUCAAGGAAACCAAAUGAGGAAACAAGCCCAGAGACAUUAGAAAAGACCAAACCAGAAGUUCCAGAGGAGACCAGUCUAGUUCUACCACAGGAGAUCAAACCAGAGGUUCAAGAGGAGACACAAAGAGAGUCAAUUGAGGAGAAAGUUCUAGAGCCACCAGAGGACACUAAACCAGCAGAUCAAAAAGAGAAGCAGAGAAAAUCAACUGAGGAGACAGGACUAGCACCACCACAGAAGUCCAAAUCAGAGGAGACACUAAAAGAGUCAACUGAGGAAAAGGGUCUAGAGCCACCAGAACAGACUAAACCAGACUUUCCAAAGAAGGAACCAAGAACAUCAACUGAGGAAAUGGGUCAAAUGCCACCACAGAAGACCAAACCAGAGGUCCAAGAGAAGACACAAACAGAGCCAACUGAGGAGAAAAGUAUAGAAUUACCAGAGGAAACCAAACCAGGAGAGACAUAUGUAGAAUUUUCCAAGGAAGACAAGCCAGAACCAGUCAAAUCUAAGUAUUUUGUAGACGGGGAUGAGCUCAAGCACCCCAAGGAUCAAACAAGAAAGUUGUCAGUAAAAAAAACUGAUGAAGUUAAAAGAGACUAUGCAUUAGAAUCUCUCAGAGGAAGUGAAGUAGAAUCAAUUAGUACAUAUGAGAUUUCUCAAGAACUCCAAAAUCUGCUUAAUGAUAUCAGUAAAAAAUACACAAACUCACCUCCCUCAGAGUCUCAGACAGAAUUAAGAGAGUCCUUUAGUAAAAAGAAAGCUGUAGAUUUGUCCCAAAAGUUGAAGAAACUGGUACCCGAAGAUAAAGAAACCCAACAAAAACAAAGAAUUGAUCUUCAAUUUGAGUAUCUUAAAUGGAGCCCAGAGAAAGUUGCAGAGUGGAUUAGCCAGCUAGGCUUCCCGCAAUACAAGGAGUGUUUUACCACAAAUUUCAUCAGUGGCCGAAAACUCAUCCAUGUAAACUGCUCAAACCUCCCUCAGAUUGGGAUAACAGAUUUUGAGGACAUGAAGGUAAUUUCUCGGCAUACGCGGGAGCUACUGGGAAUUGAAGAGCCAUUAUUCAGACGCACCAUCAUCCUUCCCUAUAGGGACAAUAUUGGCUUAUUUUUAGAGCAAAAAGGUCACACUGGAGUAAAAUCUGAUUCCUUGACCUUUCCUGAAUUUGUCAAAGCAGCAGGAUUACAAGAUUAUGCUCCACAAAUAACUGCCCCUGAAGAGAAUGAGACAUUACCUUGCACUAACCCAUAG